CCGAACUUCAUUUGGCUUGCUGUGCCAAAUGUUGCUGCCGCCAUCCGACGCAGCCUGCAGCCUCAGGGAACGUUCAGUGAAGGGAGGAGCACAAUGAUCACAAGAAGGCUGGAUUUGUCCACUAACUGUCUCUCUCAAGGGUGGUGCAGCCCGCUGCAUUGCUGAUUGAGUCUGACGGAUAGUCCUCUUCCGGGUGUCGAAGUUGGUGCUUCAGGAGUCGUCAAGGAGCCCUUGAGAGAAGCAACCGUCGCCGAUGUUCAAGAAAGUCUUACUGUCCUGCAGAGGAGCUCAAGUAUGCAUUGGUGUGAAGGUUCUCUUUAAUAACCAAAGAGAUAGCUGCCAAGACUGCGGGAAACUCUUAAUGAAGGUCUCAUACCGAGUAAAGAUGAAAACUUUCUGUUCCAAAAAUCAGAAUUUUUGAGCAUCAGUUGGGGACCUGACCAGGAGUUGACUCACGUCAUCGGAGAGCGAGCCUCCAUACAAAGCGCAAUGGACCCUGAGAACGGCAUUCAUGCUGCACACACUGCAAAUGGUGCGCACGAGGCCCAUGCCGCGCUCGAAAUGCAGGCGCCCCAUGGAGAUGCGGCGGCGCACGACUUGGAGAAGGGCCACUCUCGCAAGCUGAAGGACGCCACACUCAGCCUCUCGGCACAGACGGUGCGGGUGUCUCUGGAGUGGCGGCAGCUCAACUACAGCAUAGUGGUCAAGAAGGGCAAGGGGAAGGCCGAGGAGGGCAAGGUCACGAAGCGCAUCCUUAAGAACCUCUCAGGGACGGUGCGGGCGGGGACCUUUGUGGCGAUCAUGGGGCCCACGGGGAGCGGGAAGACCAGCUUGCUGAAUGCGCUGGCGGGGCGGCUGCAGCGGGUGGGCACUUUGGACGGAGAGAUCCUGGUGAACGGCAAGCCGAGGGAGAAUACAUUCAAGCGCAUCACUGCAUAUGUGAUGCAAGACGACGUCCUCUACAGCAGCUUGACGGUUCAGGAGACGCUCACGACCGCUGCGCUGCUGCGGCUGCCCAGCAAGAUGUCCCCCCAAAAGAAGAUGGAGCGCGUGGACUCGAUUGUGAGUGAGCUGGGGCUGGGCAAGGCGCGCAACACGAUAAUCGGGAAUGCGUUCCGGCGAGGGGUCAGCGGCGGCGAGCGCAAGCGGGCCAACAUCGCUGUGGAGAUGCUCUCCAACCCGUCCAUGAUCUUUCUGGACGAGCCAACGAGUGGGCUGGACAGUUUCCAGGCGUUGAAUGUGAUGAGCAGCCUGGGCGCGCUGGCCGACAAGGGCCGCACCAUCAUCUCCACCAUCCACCAGCCUCGCAGCAGCAUCUACGCACUGUUUGAGGACCUCCUGUUGCUCUCCGAAGGAGAGAUGAUCUACUUCGGGCCGGCCAGCCAGGCCGUUGCAUACUUCGACUCCAAAGGCCUCACGUGCCCACAGCAUUUCAAUCCAGCCGACUUUUUCAUGGACAAGAUCUCGCUCGACUCCCGGGACCCCGAGCGCGAGAAGGAGAGCACCGGGCGCGUCAAGAUGCUGCAGGCCGAGUGGCAAAAGAACCUGCCUGAGGUCACUCCGGCGGGCGCUGACGUCACCAAGGGUGACCUCAGCAAGGGUCUGGAGGACUCGAGCCUGGGCAAGUACGCCAGCAGUUGGAUCCUCCAGUUCCGGGUGCUCCUUUGGCGGGCCUUCAUCCAGACCAGCAGGGACCGCCUGCCGCUCAUGAUUGCGCUCGUCCAGAGCAUAGUGAUGUCGUGCAUCGUGGGCGCGCUCUUCUCGACCGUCGGCAACGACCAGAAGGCCCUGCAGAACCGGACGGGGGUCAUCUUCUUCACCACUAUCUUUGUGGCGUUCAACGGAGUGUUCCAAAUGAUCACGACAUUCCCGGUGGAGCGGGCCGUCAUUGCCCGCGAGAGAGCCGCCAAUGCAUACCGGGUCUCCGCUUUCUACCCCGCCAAGGUUAUUGCGGAGUGGCCGCUGCGCGUGAUUGCCACCAUCAUUUUCGUGACGGUGGUCUACUGGAUCGUCGGCUUCCAGCACGACGCCGGCAAGUUCUUCCGCUACCUCCUCAUCGGCAUCUGGGAAUUCACCGCCAUGAACGGCGUCGGCCUGCUGGUGUCAGCGAUCGCGCCCACUCCGCCGGUGGCUCUCGCGCUGGGCCCGCUGGUGACCGUUAUCUGCAUGCUCUUCGGCGGCUUCUACAUUAACCUGAACAGCAUCCCCGUCGCGCUGCGCUGGAUCAGCAACCUGUCGCCCAUCAAGUGGGCCUUCAUCGGUUUCUCUAUCAACGAGCUCGAAGGCCGGAGCUUCAGCGGGUGCGCGAACGUCACUGAGUCGACCUGCUACAGCACCGGGGACAAGUACCUCCGGUACCUGUCCAUCGAGGACUACACGGUGUGGGAGUCCAUUGGCUACCAGACGAUCGUCAUGAUUGGCGCCCACUUCCUGGCGUACAUCACUCUACGUUAUAAUCGGGUGCGGUAUCAGCCCCUAACGGCGAUCAAGAAAAAGCAGUAGGAGUGCUGCUUUAUCUACGUAAUAGUAGGACAGGUUUGCUUUGGGCCGGCACUGUAAAUACGCUCCUUACUAGUGGUGCUUCAGCAGGCAAAGUAAAGCGGUUUGCAAGGGUCGCUUUCUAGAAAUCAUGGGCGGUCCGAAUGAAGGUAACCGUGGUCAUCUAACACGUCUAAGUGCAUUGGAUAAAGUGUCCCAGGUUGGUGUACGGUAGGCUGGAGGUCCGCGACCUCUAUACUAAUUCUGGGCAAAGUUGAGCUGAUAGAUUGCCAAGCCCAUCUCGCUGAUUGGAGUAUGGCCAGGACCAUCGCCCGGUUAGAGAUGCAGAGCUCCAAUCGGUAAUCUAAUAUUUGUGUUGACUGUCACUUUUGUCCGAUAGAGUCCGAAACAUCUCAAGUUAACCGAUUUAUCUGCUAGCGUAAUUGGACUCAAGCUCAACUCUGAUGAUCGAUCCUUCUGAUUACGAAGCGACUCCUUGUCCACUACUCAAAAUAGAGUCACAGAUCUUAGGAUCCGUCCAACGGUUUGAUAAGUUCAAUAUGGG